AUGUUUGGCGCUUUCAAACCCAGCGCACCUCUAUCAGGUGGUCUAUUAUGGAAAACACCCUGGCGCCUCUCACCACACCAAAAGCUCCGCCACCGCCGUCGUCUUCGCCGAGUAGACAACGUAGUCACAGUCCUCGACACAGCCCUGCAACGCGCAAAAGCCACCUCAGACCUCCAAUCCACCCAACCCCCGCCCUCGGAAACCCCAGACCCAGACACAAGUUCCAUCCCCGGGAAUGCCACGGCCUCUGAACUCCGCACCACAGCAGAGGGUCAACGGCUCCUCAACUCGUUCAAACCUGCCGUCAUAGCGCUCGAAACUCGUAGACAUGGUCGCGGACCACGACAGGGAGAGUUUUUGCCCAAUGGGAAGUUAUUGAGAGAUGCUGCGGCGGAGGCCGGGACGAUGAAAUUGCUGGUGAGGUGGAAGUCGGAUAUGCCGACUGAGCAGGAGAUGUUGCCCAAGGACAAGUACAGUAUCUUUGACAAGAAGGUGCGAGGGUAUAGGAAGAGUGUGCAUAAGUUGCCCAAGUGGACAAGGGUUAGUCAGAGGUUGAACCCACCUGGUUUUUAG